AUGAUGAAACAACGGCCCACAACAUCGAUCAUUUCAGUGGGAAAGCCUUCGCUACCACUGCUGUUAUUGGCCAUCACGUUUACCCUCUUCUUUACCAUCACUUUUACUUCCGCUCAAAACAUGGGAUGUUCUUCCGAUAGAGACUGUCUUUCAGGAUACAAGUGUGUCAAAAUUUCAAAACCAUCAACUAUUGAAAAGUAUAGCGUGUGUUUACGUUCUCAAGACGAUGAUGAUUCUACUUCUUCAAUUGUUAGAGAUUUAAAUUCUAAAGCAAACAAAAUUAAUGAAAUGAAAGACAAGCCAUUGAAUGCCAUUGUUUUGGAAGAGAAGGAAUCAAGUGCUACAGAGUCGAUCGUGUUGGAUGCUUCUACUCAACAAGCUUCUACAACCUCUGCAACUACUACUACAACUGCUACAUCGAGCUCUCAACCUUCGGUGGAUAAAUUCAGUGCAGUCAACAAUGACGUUGGAAUUGGAAGUCAAAAUGCUGAAAAUGCGGAAGAACGUGACGAAGAGGAAAAUGAAGAUAAUGAAGAAGACAAUGAGGAAAACGAAGAAGAUGAAGAAAAUGAGGACGAUGAAGAAGACAAUGAAGAAGACGAUGAAGACGAAGAGGACGAUGAAGAAGAAGAGUAA